GCUGUGUGAAGCACAGUGUCUUUUUCUGUGCCUGUGUACGUAUGCAGUUGCUUUAAAAUACACUACAUCCUUUCUUCGUUGCGAUUCCCGCAUCGGACAUUCAGUGAACAGAGUAGGGGUUGUCAGCUGGACAUCUACCUCCCUUCUCUUUCAGACACACACGACUGGCCAAGUAUGAUAGUAAGGCUGUCAUCAGUUGCGUGUGUCCUUGAGACUGUUAAAGUGUAGGUAAAAGCAGAGGCAGACAAUUGCCUUUGACCCCACCAGCCAUGGAGGGACUCUACUUUGAAGUGAAGCCCAGAAGAGACGGACCUUCCAGGCCAGGGAGCGCUGAGAAACCCCUUCCUAACAUAACUUUAAACCACCGCUCACGUCCAUGUUCAUCACUUUCACAUAUCACCUCUUCCACACUGUGCCCUCAGAAACCCUAUUCUGCUAGGGAGAGGAAUACAACAUUGGGUGGAAAGAUCAAAGAAGAAGGAGAGGAGGAGAUACGAUACAAACUGAUAUUGAUUGGUUCUCUGCCCGUCCACCACUUGACCACCAUGGCCAUGCUGCCUUGGGUGGUGGUGGAGAUCAGCAAGUCUCGGCCUGCAGAGAAGAAUCUGGGUGCUGGGUUGUGGUCUGGAGGACAGUUGGACCCUUCUACCUGCAAUCAGACAGUUUUUCUAUGUGUGUCAGCAUUAUUGGUGCGAUGUGUAUCCGUUCUGGGAGAGGGAGUUGUCUGGGACCCUUUGACACACACAGUGCUGUUUGAAUGUCGCCCUCACCAAGUGACAAAGCUAAUUCACAACAGCCAGGAACCUAGCAGCUUUGGCUGCCUGGUCAGAGACACAAAAAACUGUGCCUGCUAUGUCUUCCAGUGCCAGGACAGCACCAAGGUUCCUGAGAUCAUCAGUACGUUGAGACAAGCUGGCAAGAGCUCUGCACGCAAUGAUGACAUCACCACUAUUUCCAACAAAACUUCCACUGGAGGCAGUGAUUCCUCUGAAAAAUGCUUUUCCUCUUUCUCCACAAUGACAACCUCCGCAGCACCCUCUGCAGCUGUGUCUCCGACAGCCUUUUCCAAGAAGUUUGAGGUGCUGUUCUGCGGCCGUGUGAGUGUUGCUCACAAGAAAGCCCCUCCGGCCUUGAUUGAUGAGUGCAUCGAGAAGUUUAGCCAGUUGCAUGGCUCAGGGACGAGCAGUAAAGAAGGAAAUAGUGGGGGAUUGGUGGGUGGACUGAGGAGGGUAUUAGCCUUUCAAUCCAAUGGACUUGAGAGUAGUGGCAAUGGUAAUGGUGCUGCAAGGAGCCCAACCACUGGGAAGCAUCCUGUCCUGUUUAAAAGAGACCCCAGCUUUCCCUGUCUGCAGGCCUUGGAUGAGAAUGGACUCUCUCCUGAGAUCUCUCACACCAACACUACAGACUCACACACCCACUCUGCUGGAAUACAGCCCACCAGCCUGCAGGAGAACAGGACCAUGCUGUUUACGGUGGGCAGGUCUCAGAUAUUCUUGGUUAGUCCAGACACGAAGAAAGUUGCCAUAGAGAAGAGUUUCAGAGAAAUCUCCUUCUGCUCACAGGGUAUUCAUCACGUGGAUCACUUUGGCUUCAUUUGCAGGGAAACAGUGGAAGGAGGAAACUUCCACUUUGUUUGCUACGUCUUCCAGUGCACCGAUGAAUCACUGGUGGAUGAGAUCAUGCUGACUUUGAAGCAGGCGUUCUCUGUGGCAGCCCUGCAGCAGAAUGCAAAGACCCAGAGCCAGCAGUGUGACAGCUGCCCCAUACAGCAGCUCCACAGACUGUGUGAGAGGAUAGAAGGUCUUCCCCCAUCUAAAACCAAGCUGGAGCUUCAGAAACACUUGGCCACUCUUGACAACCAGGAGCAAGCGUCAGUCUUUGAAAACACAAUGAGGGCUCGUCCUAAGAGCGAUCAGGAAGAGAAUGAGUUGGUGAUGGCCUCCUUAAGGAAUUUGUAUGAAGAGAGGCAGAGGAGCCAUCAGCACACUGGAGAUAGAAAACAGGUGUGUGAGGAGGCAGCUCCAGUCCCAGUUGAGGCACAGCAGAGUAGCAGUCGGCAGCGACUUGAGCAGUUCAAGAGCCGAGCUAAGCGCUCUCUUACUGAGUCCCUGGAGGGGAUCUGGAAGGGGAGCAGCAAGACCAGAGGUCAGAGGGACGACAGUGUAGGAAGUGACAGCGGCUCUUCCAUUUGUACCAUCAACAGCAGCCAAGACCAGCCUUGUCUAGAUGAUCCCUUGCCUGCCUUCUCCCAGCUGCGACCCACCAGCCCACUCAAGUGCCACAACUCAACAGGAGACCUGAAGCACCUUGACUCCUCUCUUGCCCUGUCUCCCUCCUUCUCUUUACCCGGUGAUGCUCAACCUCAGGGCUUCCGCCGACGGGCCAACACUUUCAGCCAUCCUUCCACUCCUUCAUCAGCAGAGUACUCACCGGUGCACACACUAACUCACACACCACAGGACCCUACUGCAGCUACUAAGCCCAAGCUUGUAAGACACUACUCCGUCAGCACCGAAACUCCACACCAGAGCAAACAUGUCCCAACAGACUCCACCCUUCCUCCUAUUCCUCCCUGCCUUUUGUCUCCCUCUCCUUUCCUCCCUCAUCAUCCUUCUUCACCUUCUACUGGAGCCCGGCUCAAUAAAAGAGGUCCUCUGGGUGGUCUGCGUGCUCGUCUCCACUCCUCCUCCUCUGUCCCUAAUUUUCUGAAAUUUUCAUUUCUGGCUCCUGUCCAAGAGAAUGAUUGUCUUGAGCCGAAGAGCAGGGAUGUAGCAGCUCUGUCUACACGAAGUGCAGCAUAUGGUGUAGGGGAAAGUCCUCUGCGUAGUCACCGCCACUCAUGGAGGCAGCAGAUCUUCCUACGGGUCGCUACACCUCAGAAGAACACGGAAACCAGUGAGCGGGGGGAUCCCUGUCUUGAGGGGGGUCGAGUGUGCGUGGGCCAGGUGGGAGUUGGAGGAAGUGGGGACUUGUCCAUAAGGUUGGUGCCUGAGGAGAAGACGAAAAGGAGCAAAGAGGAUCUGAGGGAGCUCUGGAGGAAGGCCAUCCUGCAGCAGAUCCUGCUGCAGAGGAUGGAAAGGGAGAACCAGAAACUACAGGCCUCAGAAAACGAUCUGCAGAACAAGCGUCUGAAGCUGGAUUACGAGGAAAUUACACCGUGUCUGAAGGAUGUCACUCUGGUCUGGGAGAAGAUGCUGGGAACUCCUGCAAGGGCAAAGGCCAAGUUUGACACAGAGACCAUACACGCUGCUGUUGCACAAGGUGUCCCAAGACAACAUCGAGGCGAGAUCUGGAAGUUUCUGUCUGAACAAUACUUACUCAGGCAGACAGUCCCGUCCCGACCCCCUACCAAUCACACUCCAUACAAAGAGCUGCUGAAACAGCUUACCUCGCAGCAACAUGCCAUCCUCAUAGAUCUGGGGCGCACCUUUCCAACGCAUCCAUAUUUCCAAGAACAGCUGGGGGCAGGGCAGCUGUCUCUGUAUAAUUUACUGAAAGCCUACUCACUGCUGGACCCUGAGGUGGGCUACUGCCAGGGCCUGUCCUUUAUUGCCGGAGUGCUCUUGUUACACAUGGGGGAAGAGGAUGCCUUCAACAUGCUCAAAUUUCUAAUGUAUGAUGUGGGGCUUCGCAAACAGUACAGGCCUGACAUGAUAAUCCUGCAGAUUCAGAUGUACCAGUUGUCGCGGCUGCUCCAUGACUACCACCGGGAUCUUUACAGCCAUCUAGAGCAGCAGGAGAUUGGACCCAGCUUAUACGCCACCCCCUGGUUUCUCACCGCCUUUGCCUCACACUUCCCCCUCGGCUUUGUGGCCAGAGUCUUUGAUAUGUUGUUCCUGCAGGGGUCAGAGGUCAUCUUUAAGGUGGCCUUGAGCCUGCUGGGGAGCCACAAGCCUCUGAUCCUGCAGCAUGAGAACCUGGAGUCCAUAGUGGACUUCAUCAAGACCACACUACCCAACCUGGGCCUGGUGCAGAUGGAGAAAACCAUCAACCAGGUUUGUCAGAUGGACAUGUCCAAGCAGCUCCAGGCCUAUGAGGUGGAAUACCAUGUCUUGCAGGAUGAGUUGCUGGACACGCCCCCAACUCUCAACCAACAACAGCGAGCCGCACAACUGGAGAGGACCAAUCAGAGCCUCCGACAGCAAAACCUCGACCUACUUGAGGAGCUACAGGUGUCACAUGCUCGGGUCUGCAGCCUGGAGAGCCGAGUGGAUGCUUUGGCCCAGUCGGAGGCCCAGCUGAGUGAGCACGUUUCGGCCCUGGAGGAGGAGAAGAAGCAGUUGUUUAGCACCGUCACACGCCUCAAGGACCUCCUCACCAGCCUCGGCAUACACACCACCCCUGAUGGACACGCACUCCCCCCACCCCCUGAAAGGCACAGUCACAGCGACAGCAAAGAUGGGAGACAGAGAGUGGCUGGCAAGCAGGACUGUUGACUCCCUUCCUCAGUCUUUGGUUCUUCCAGAGGGUUCAAUAACUGCACAUACAUUUUUCCAAAUGGUAAGGUCGCCUAGACGAGGAAUCGUUUGUGGAAGGCCCAUAAAGAGCAGGUUGAGUGAGACGUUAAGAUGACAUCUUUAUCCUCUUCCCGGCACCAGAAUGUUUUAAUAAAAAGAGGAAUUACUAAGGUAAUUGGACCUAAAACAGAGAGGAGAAGAAUGGAAAUGUAUCAAAAUGGGGAUAAAAAAGAGAAUGAAAAACAAAGGAUGGCAUCCUUGAGUAUUAGCCCAAAAAGCACAACUGCCCACUUCCCGCUCUUUAACAAAUGUAAAAAAAAAAUGUGUUUUGAACAACAAUCCCCAAAGGGUAGCACUGUCCCACUGAGCCCCUAAUGUAAAAACAAAAAAUUUACAUUUGCCCUUGUACUUCUAUGUAUGUGUGUGUCUUUGAAUGUCUGCGAGAGUCUUUCCUCAUGUGUUUUAUGCUCUUGUGUUUGGAUACAACAAGGCUGAAACAGCCAAAGAAUGUCAUCAAUAUAAAACAAGCUUGAACAAAGAAUCAUAUCCUGAAACAUGUUAUGGAUCACACUUACACAUUACAAGUAAGUAACACAAAGAUGAAAUGUUUCCAAAGAAAAAAUAGAAGUGCAGGAAGAAAGUGAGAUGAAAAGGACAGGUGAAGUGUUUUUUGUUUUCUUCUUCUAUUAUAUAAGCUAAAUGAUGUCAGAUAGCUCUUAGAUGGUGGUGCUCAAAUUCAGAGAUCAAAGGGGAACUAUUUUUUAUAUCUCCUCCCUAUUUCUAGGCUUCCAUGGUUUUGUUUCCUGACCUACACAUUUAAAAAUUUUGAUUUUGUAGCUCGCAGAAAGAGUAACACAAUAAAUCCAGUCCAUUUCACAUCCUGGUUUUCCCCCUUUGAAUACACGUUGAUGCGUCCGUGUAGAAAGGAAAAUAGACGCAGUUUAAGCAGAAAACUUUAGCUGUGCUUUUCUAAUGAGGGGAAGUACAGAAAGCUACAGAUCAAUGGAUUUAAAGUACUUUAAAACACUUCUCUCUGAAACUUCAAACAGGAAACCUCUGCUGUUGAGACAAUCUGUCAGCUAUGAGUCAUUUACUGUAUUCAACACUGAAUUCCUUCAACCUGAAAUGCAUCUUGGUGUGUUUGGAUGUGAGUCUCUAAAUGUGUGUCUGUGUGCUUGUGCAAUUCACUGAUGGCAACAAAUCUGUUGAUUUACACUGUAAAGAUAUUUUUCUUUUACUCCUGACUCUCCUUGCACAUGUGUUUUGUUUUAAUUGAUGAUUGAUAUUAUUGUUAUCCUGUAAAAUACAUUUCAUAUCCUUUCAGCA